AUGAACGUGACAGCGCUGUCGCGCCCCAUCGAAGGGGCGCCGAUAAUGAUAGACAGUGUUCCUGUGGGAAUCGAUUACUAUGCGGCUUUGCAGAAGGCAUGGUCUCGCGCACCGGAGCGACCACCAAGUUUGCCACCUCUCGCCAUGGUAUCGGAUGUGAACCUUCACACUAUCGAAGAAAUGCUCUCGGGCGACUCCGAAGGCGAGGAGUUACGACCGCCGGUUCCCCUGGGGCUCAUUAUUACGUACUUUAUUGAGGACUGGCGUGAUAGCGGGCUGUACGACAUCGUGCGGAAACGAGAGGAGACGCUGUCGCAACAGCCGCAUAAGUGGAAGCCUUAG